GAUCGAUUUCUGUCUUGCAGAAGUUAUUUAGCCAACAACUUAAGUGCUUGACAGAAAAAUGGGAAACAUUAAAGUUUCCCAUAUAAGACUCAUUAUCGAUGUUUAAGCCAACAAGAUAAAAGCACAAGAAAUACCAGAAAGCAAUGAAGGUAGCGUUCGCAAGCCAGUUAACGUCAGACCAUCAGCUAGCAGACAACGAACCGCGUUACCCGGUGUUUAGCUAGCUAGCUAGCUUGCGACGGCGUUAGUUUAACUAGUUUUAAGGGUGUUGUUGUUGUUAGCUAGCCAACAGUUAGCUCGCUUCAACUAGGCAAAUGUCAGAAUAAACGAUACACUGGGUGCUUCUAUGUUCCACCAGUAGCUAGCUACGUGUAUAUUUAGCCAGGAAGUUUGGUUAGCUAACUAACGUUAGCUACCUUGUCAGUCAGGUCUCUUGUCGGCGAGCUGCCUGCUGUGUUGGCAGCAGGAGUGGAGGGUUUUACUUCUCAAAAGGAUGCUGCUAAUGGGAUCCUGUGAAAAAGUGGAUUUUAAUAUCGCUCCUCGCACUGUCGCUCGGCUUGUCUUCGAAGCCGAGCAAGAUAAUCGAAAUGGGGGAAAUUCAUCAAAUGGGAGUACUGCCAGUAACUCUCCGCGCAGCACCCCUGGCAGCUCCCCCUCUCUGCGCCGCCGGGUGCUGGGGGUUAGUGGUGGGGGUGGAAGCAGGACCAGCGACGCGGAGGGUGGCCCGGGGGAGCGCAGCGGGGAAAGGAGGGGUUCGGACAGCCCCAUGCUCUCCGCCUCCGCUUACCCAAUCGCCUCGCGCCAUUUCAGCCGCAAUGCCAAGAAAAUGCAGAGCUGGUACAAUGUUCUCAGUCCCACUUAUAAACAGCGCAAUGAGGAUUUCCGUAAACUCUUCAAGAAGCUGCCAGACACGGAACGCCUCAUAGUGGACUACUCAUGUGCGCUGCAGAAAGACAUCCUACUCCAGGGGAGACUCUAUCUGUCAGAGAACUGGCUCUGCUUCUAUAGCAAUAUCUUCCGCUGGGAAACCACUAUCACAAUCCUGCUGAAAGAUGUGACCACCCUGACCAAGGAGAAGACUGCCAAGGUCAUCCCCAACGCCAUUCAGAUCAGCACUGACCACGACAAGCACUUCUUCACGUCUUUCGGGGCUAGGGAUCGCAGCUACAUGAUGAUUUUCAGACUGUGGCAGAACGCACUGAUGGACAAGCCUCUGUCCCCAAAGGAGCUGUGGCACAUCGUCCAUCAGUGUUACGGCACUGAGCUGGGCCUCACCAGUGAAGACGAUGACUAUGUCUCCCCCACCGGCGAGCACAUUAACGGUCUACUGCCAGUGGAUGAGUCAGUCUCUGUCUCUGACCUGUUGGACCUCAGCUCCUUGGGGGCCAUAGCUUCUCUGGGUAGCUCGCCCCCCUCCUCCAUGGCAGCCUUGUUCCCCAGUGGCCCCUUCCUAGCCAGUGGUGGUCUGGGCUCAUCUCCCCCCUCCUCAUCCACCUGUCUGCCCAUAGACAUCCCCGGCAGAACCUCCCUGGACCCCCCGGACCCCAGCCCGCCCAGCUCCCAGAUCUCCCUGCCCUCCACCACACACUCAACACACAUCGCAUCCUUGUCCGCCCCCACCUCGGCUGCUGCCUCUUUCUAUGUGGAGGAGGGCGGGGACAGCUUGUUGGAGUCGGCCAAUCAUAUGGUGCCCCUGUCUGCCACCAGCCUGGGAAACCUCUCCUCAUUGGACCAGCUCACCAACGACGACGAGCUGCCCACCGACCCCAGCAACUCCUCAGACACACAGGAAGAGGACGAGGUGGAGUCGUUCUGUGCGGACCUGGCUGGCCGGCUGCACAUCAACAUGGUGGUGCGCAUGAGCGUGGACAAGCUGCACGACCUGCUCUUCUCCGCAGACACACACUUCAUCCAGCAUCUCUUCUCCCAGCGCCACUUCACAGACCUGUCAGUUCGUGAGUGGCAGCAGGACAGCAGCAGUGGGAACACCAACCGGAUCCUGAGUUACACCAUCGCCAUCAACAACCCCCUGGGCCCCAAGACCGCCCCCGUAGUGGAGACGCAGACGCUGUAUAAGAACAGUGCCCCGGGCGAGUGUUACGUGGUGGACUCGGAGGUGAUUACCUCGGGCAUCCCCUACCAGGACUACUUCUACACCGUGCACCGCUACUGCCUCACCUCCAUCAACAAGAACAAGAGCAGACUCAGGGUGUCGUCAGAUAUCUGCUACAAGAAGCAGCCGUGGAGCCUGGUGAAGGCGCUCAUCGAGAAGAACACCUGGAGCGGCAUCGAGGAGUACUACAGACACAUGGAGAGUGAGGUGUGUAAGCUGGAGACCCUGCUCCAGUCUGAGGUGUCAGUGGUGACCUCUGGGGAUGUGGUGGGGGCAGACUCUGCCAAGACACCCCCGGCCCUGCGGCGACGCAAACGCACCUGCUCCCGGCGCCCGGGGGACCGGGAGAGAGAGGGAGGGGGCGCGGGAGGUGGAGAGCGUGGGGACCGUGGGAUGGGAGAGGAGCGGAGAGAGGCGGGUGGUCAGUACAAGCACGGAGAGCGGUGGCGUGGCGGAGGCAGCAGCAUCUCUACCAUACUGCUCAUAGUCAGCUUCAUUCUGGUGGUGUUGGUGGCCCUCAACAUGCUCUUGUUUUACAAGUUGUAUUCUCUGGAGAGAGCUGCACACACACUGGAGACGUGGCACUCCUUCUCUCUGUCUGACAGUCCUCUACCCCAGUCUGCAGGAGAGUGGGCCCAGGUGUUGCAGCUCCAGAGACAGUUCCACCAGGCCCAACUGGGCAAAUGGCAACAGAUCCUCCAAUCCUCAGUCACUCUGCUAGAUCAGAUGAAACAGUCGUUGGAAAAGCUCCACCGUGGCGUCGUCACUCCAGAAGUCCAGCAGGAUCCCCCCUCGAACCCCACUUCAGAGUCUCUCACUGAGCACUGAUCCUCCAGCCAUCACCAGCCCUCAAGUGGGUAUGACUAAACCACGGGGGAGGUAGCCAGAGGGGAAGGGUCCGGCUGGGCCAAUCAGGGAGAGUGACUCACUCACCCGACCCCGAAGCUCCACUCCUACUCUUCUCUACUCAAAACAGACAGGGAGAGAUGUGGGGGGAGUGGGAAUUACCUGUAAGGGGACCUUCACUAGCCAUAACUCCCCACGCCUCAGUUUGAGCAACCUGCAAUGGGGUUGGGGGGUGAGAGACCUUUGGGGGGACUACACUAACCAUAAUUCCCCACACCUCAGUCCAAGUUCCACCUUCCAUAGUCCCCACCACCUCUCACGUCCAGACAGUUAGACUGGGAAAUGUCUUCAGGACUACAGCAAUAACAUAGUCAUACAUUACCAUAUCUCCCACAGUCAGUGCUAAAGGCUGGCCAGUUUGUAUAGUACCAUCCGCUCCUCACAUGCAACCAACCAUGCUGCUCUCCCUGAACCAUCUCCCCUGCCUGAGCAGCCAAGAGACAUUUUCAAGACAGACCAUCGACUGCAUUUCAGCAUGUGCAGCCCUGCUGCUGCAUUUCAAAUGGAUAGACUCGGGUCCAACGCAUUUCAAAUGGAUAGACUCGGGUCCAACGCAUUUCAAAUGGAUAGACUCGGGUCCAACGCAUUUCAAAUGGAUAGACUCGGGUCCAACGCAUUUCAAAUGGAUAGACUCGGGUCCAACGCAUUUCAAAUGGAUAGACUCGGGUCCAACGCAUUUCAAAUGGAUAGACUCGGGUCCAACGCAUUUCAAAUGGAUAGACUCGGGUCCAACGCAUUUCAAAUGGAUAGACUCAGGUCCAACGCAUUUCAAAUGGAUAGACUCGGGUCCAACGCAUUUCAAAUGGAUAGACUCGGGUCCAACGCAUUUCAAAUGGAUUGUCUUGACUUGGUCCGACUGCAUUAAUCAAAAUGGGCCAACCUGGAUUAACUUUGUGUUUCAAAAUGGAUGCAAAUUGGUAGCUUUCCCAGCCCUGAGAAACAGCUAUGGCUCUGUUCCCAGCUGAAGCCAGCCUAGAGGACUUAUGUGCCUCGGUGUGAGGGGUCCGCUCAGCUAAGUCCCCCUUGAGCCUCCAGAAAUGAGGGACACAUGAGGAGAGCGGGACGAGAGAGGGGAUAGAUACAUGAGACUUUCUGUAAUCCAACCAUUUUAGUCGUUCUUCCUUUCUCUCUUUCUCUCCAUCAAUCUGGGAUCAGCAGCUUCCAUCGUAAAGGCUUGAUCUCUGACAAAGGCAGUCCGUCCUCUGGGAGAGUCAUUUCAAAACCAGACGUGAAUAAUACAAAAAGACUCCUAAACCCUCUACGAGCUCAUGUUUAUCAUUAGCUGUCUUUUUGAUGGUGACUGGGUUGUUUUGGAAUUGAGAGAGAGCGAAGGAUGAUUGUGUGCGCCAGACCAUUACAGUAUUUAUUUUACACGACUUUGAUUUCGAAAAGUCCUGUCCCGCUCUCAAUGCGAGUGGAUUUUUUUCCCUUCUAUAUGCUCUGUGUUAAUACUUCAGCACGGACCAAGAAAGAGCUAUAAAGUGAAUAUUUUAUAUUUCCUGGUCAUAGCAAUAAUGAUAUUUGGUGAUUUAUACUACCUUUUGAAUGUGUAAAAAGUAGUAUGUCACUAAAGUGUGUUUAGGGCACAAUGAGACGAGCAAGCAAAGAUCUGGAGUUGGAGAAGAAGACGGAGAAUUCUAUGUAUUAGAAAGAAGUGUCCUCAUCGUCACAUCGUCACUGUUACAUUUGGUAUUAUUAAGAUUAGUAUGAUUAUGACUUUGUUUGUUUUUCCGCACUUGGUCAACUUCUAAUUGUAUUAUUGGAUCGGACUUGAAGUGUUUCAGGGUUACCGACUACUCUGUAGACCAGUCUGCGUACCAAAUAGCACCCUAUUCCCUUUAUAGUGUGGUGCACUACAUAGGAAAUGAUGUGCCGUUUUGGGACGCAGACGCCGUAGACCAGGUAAACAGAGAGAUGCAAUAAACUAGUGACUUUCUAGUGUAAACUGGACUGGAUUUAAAAAAGGACCAACCAGAAGUCUAGGCCCGGAGAAAGGGAAACUAUUGCAGUACUGUGUUUGUGAGUUCAAAUUGAUAUGUUAUUCCUUUUCAUUUUAUAUCUUCAUUUUGUAGUCUUCUUGUUUUCUUGUUUUUGUUUGUCGUAAGGUCAUCUCAUUUUAUUUUCUGCCCCCCCCCCCAUCUGAUUCCCCCUCACUGUCUCUCAUAAACCAUUUCUCUUUUCCUAAUUGUUUUCCUUUUCAUCCCCCUUCCUAUUGUCUUUCACUCUUCCUCUCUCUCUUUCCUCGUUGUGCUCCCUGCCCCCCUCUCUCCUGUGCAAGUGUGUGAGCCUUGCUGUGCACGGCCAAACAGUGAGUGAUCAAAGGAUGUACUAUAUUUAUUAGGGUCAGGGAGGAGAGGGGGAUGGGGGUCGCGGGGAGCAAAUGUACUGUAAAAGAUUUGAUUGUACACAAUGCCCUGGAGAGAUGAAAAGCUCUAAAAUAUGCAACAACUCAUCGGAGUCUUGUUUUUUUUAAAGUGUGUGUGUCAUUUUAAGCAUUUUCAUAAAAAGUUGAACGAAAAAGUAUUUCAAAACAGUCGGUGUAAUUAUGUCAUCUU